AUGACGGAACAGGAACUCAAGUCGCAUAUGCUAGGUAGCACACACGAACAUGAAGAAGAAAAACACAAUUUUGAUAUUAACGGAGCACAAGACAAUGAUGAAGGGGGGGCACAAGAAGGGGGAGCACAAGACGGAGACGAGGGACCAGACGAAGGACAAGGCGAGGGACCAGGUGAGGAGCAAGACGAGGAGCAAGACGGGGAGGAGCAAGACGAGGAGCAAGACGGGGAGGAGCAAGACGAGGAGCAAGACGAGGAGCAUGACGAGGAAGCACAAAAGAAUAUUGAGGGGGUAGAGGUUUUGGAUGGUUAUGCGAGUUAUUUCAGUAACGUAUCGGAUUAUGACGGCGAGAGAGAUUCAGAUGGUUAUCCGGAGGAUGGGAAAACAUCAGAAAGUGGUAGGAGCACGCCUGUCGGCGAAACUCUCAUGAGAGAAGACAUCGUGGUUAACAACGCAUUGGAUGUAUAUGGCGUUUUAUAUUCAAAGAAAUGCGGGGACAAAAUGUAUACCAUUAAAAAACAUUAUGAUAGUUCUGCCGUGUUCAAAGAUCCGUUAGUAAUUGCUGAAGGGCAUGAUAACAUCUUUUUACAAUUUGAGCUCCUCUCCGCUCUUGUGACUGAUAUGACGACGGAGUUUUCGGCCGUAACCGUAUCAUCCAGUAGUUCAUUCGCGUCGAAACAGUUUGUGGUCAUCGACGCUGUCGUCAGUUACCAUUUCCCGCUCUCUCAAAGGGUACCUCUCCGUAGCACAACCAUGUUUGUUUUUAAUGAUAAGCAAAAAAUUGUUAGUCAUGAAGACAUGUGGAGCGUGUCUGAUCUGAUCCAAAAUAUACCAAUCAUCGGGUGGAUAUAUGGAGAUACUGGGAGAAAGAUUAACGCUCUUGUAAGCAAUCAGCUUUAUUCAUUUUGUAGAGGUACUGUGUUGAGGUUGAGAGAUAUGGUUGGAUAUAAAAGAACACCACAAGUGUAUAUUUGA